AUGUUCGUAGCCCACGUGCGUUACCCGAUUGACUGGCGGAGCGCGGGGGUUCGUAACCCACGUGAAUUACCUGAUUGGCUCCUCGGAGAGAGCUGCGGCAUUUCGCACACUUACACCUCAACACUUAUCCCCUCUGUGGUUCUGGUGGAUGCCAGCCAUACUCCCCUUACCCUGGCCAAUUUCAGAGCUCAGAGCCCCAGAGGGCUCUGCACAGCCACCUGGCUAGGCUUUGCCAUCCCUCUCGCGUGUCCGCCUUGUGUUCCUGAACGCCAAGGAGAGGAGACCACCUUCCCCUUCCCUGGGCAGAAGGCUCCGCCAUUUCCCCGGCUCACCGCUGUCCCACCCUCCCCUUCCCACCACCUACACCCUUGGCCAGAGCGGGUCGUUGCUCACACCAUAGGCUAUAAUUUGAGUAAACUCUCCACUACCCCCACCACCAUCGACAGCAGCAACAACCAGGUUCUUCUGUUAACAUACCCUCUCUUUUGGCCACUCUUUGGGGACAUGACAGGAGUCUGGGAUUCCUCUUUCCCCUUCCACAUUCUGUUCUUCUUCUUCAUGGUUUCCACCAUCUUCUACAUGGAAUGGUGGAACUUGUGGAAGUUUCCAGAACUUCCAGCCCCCAGAGUCGAGCUGCCUCCCAGCAGCUGGACAGUGAACACCAAAGGCCGCUUGGGGAACCAGAUGGGGCAGUACGCCACUCUCUAUGCCCUGGCUAAGUUGAACAGGAAACGGGCUGUGAUCUCACCCAAGAUGCAGAAGACCCUGGGCCGCCUCUUCCAUAUCACGCUGCCUGUGCUCACAGACACAGAGGACCUGCAGAUCCCCUGGGUCAGCUACCAGCUGGAAGACAGGAUGAAGCAUGAAUACCGCCACAUCCCUUGGAAAUAUAUCUUCUUCAAAGGCUUCCCCUGCUCCUGGACUUUCUACCACCAUCUACGGGACGAAAUCCUCAGGGAGUUCUCCCUGCAUGUCAAGGUCCGGGAAGAGGCCCAGGCCUUCCUGCACCAGGUGCGCAAGGGCCGAGGCCACAGCCUCACCUUUGUGGGGGUCCACGUACGUCGGGGAGACUACGUCCAUGUCAUGCCUGAGAGGUGGGAGGGGGUGGUGGCUGACAGGGGCUACCUGGAGCAGGCAUUGGACUGGUUCCGGGCCCGCUACACCAAUGUUGUCUUUGUGGUCACCAGCGAUGGGAUGGCCUGGUGCCGGAGAAACAUUGACACCUCAAAGGGGGAUGUGGUGUUUGCCAGGGGAUGGAUGAGGAAGUCUGCUGAGAAAGACUUUGCCCUGCUGACGCAGUGCAACCACACAGUCAUGACCAUUGGGACUUUCGGCUUCUGGGCUGCCUACAUGGCAGGAGGAAACACCGUCUACUUGGCCAACUACACCCUACCCAAUUCCAAGUUCUUGAAGAUCUUCAAACCGGAGGCUGCCUUCCUGCCGGAGUGGGUGGGGAUCCCUGCUGACUUGUCGCCUCUACUCAGGGACCAACCUUAG